GUGAAAACAGCCAGCCCGAGAACGGGAGUUAUACAGUUGUGGAUGCCGCUUUCCCGAAGAGCAGCAACUUGGUUAGAUCUGGGAAGGAGAGAGGGUGUGUGUGAGAGCGACGCAGAAGGGAAAGUGUGUGAGAGUGUGUCAGGACCAGAGGCUCCAAAGGACGUCACGCACGCUCCCAGAGAGAGAGGGAAACGUGCUGUCACAGGAAGGUGUCUAUCCUCACGUGCUCUGGGCUGUGGAAGCGUCAACAGCCUCUGACAGAAGAAAAAGACUGUGCUCGUGCGAAGGGUUUUUGCAUCACGAUGGAUCAGCCGGCCAGCAGCUGCAUGCGGAGCGCCCAUCCCAGCAGCCCCAUCUGGGGCUGCAUGAGGAACCCUCACUCUGGGGUCCCAGGGGUGAAUCUGCAGUCGCCCUACCAACAGGCCCCGUUCUCCCUCCACCAGAAGCCUGAGUUCCUGGCCUACACAGAUUUCUCCACCUCCUGCCUGGUGUCGAGCACGCCGCACGCAGCCUACCCUCGCGAUGACAGACUGUACCAAGAGAGCCAAGGGGGUUACCAAAGAGCUGACUGGCAGUUCAACCAAUGUGAGACUCGUGUGAGAGCACCUGAGGCCUGCCCGCCUGUUGCCCCUGCAGUAAUAGGUGGCGGCGGCAGUGGGGCUGGAGGGCCUGAGCUGGACAGUGUAGGGGGGGACAGGCUUCCAGGCACCGUGCCCGGGUGUAUGGAGGGAGAAUACUCACCCCAGAGCGUGGCGUCGGCCGAUUCGGACAAGAAGAGCUCCAAUAAGAGGAAAAGAGAUGUCACAGAUAUCCAGGAGUCCAGCUUUAAGGUGGAUUCCAGCUGCAAGGCAAGAAAAGAGCGCACAGCAUUCACCAAGGAGCAGCUGAGAGAACUGGAGGCAGAGUUCACCCACCAUAACUACCUGACCAGGCUGCGUCGCUACGAGAUCGCUGUAAACCUGGACCUCACAGAGAGACAGGUUAAAGUUUGGUUCCAGAAUCGGCGAAUGAAGUGGAAGAGAGUGAAGGGAGGACAAUCGGCUUCGCCCAACGAGCUGGAAAAUGACGACAUAGACUCAGCUGCUUCACCCAGCUCUGAAUGAUGUUUUUAAAAAAUUGUCUUCGGACAAAAAAAAAGAAGAAAAAAAAUAACGAGGCCUGCGCUCAACUGGACACCAACGCAACCUUUGAUUUUAUGGAAAGUUGGCUCCAGGAACCAAAUAAUUCCAGAGACUUUUUCAUUCCCAAGAAGAAAACACCAAGCAUCCGUCACUGUUUUCUGUUGUAAAUAGUUGAUUUAUGUCCAUAAUGAACUGUAUUUUCAUACAACUUUGAUAAAUACUCCAUUUAAGAGGCCCACUCUUGAUACUCCUGAUCGUUGUAUAUUAGUGACAAAGUCCAUACAGCAGCUUUAAGGCUAGUGAUGACAUAUCAGCCCAUGAUGUGAUUGUGUUUGAGGUCCUCCCCUUUGCUUCCAGUAUUGUAAUCAUGGCCUUUGACGCUUGACUACAACCACCUGGGAAAACUCAGACUGCACGAGUGUUGCCAAAGCCUAAGUGCCUCCGAAUCAGAUUUUUCUUUUUUUUUCAUUUUGAUAGUUUCUUUUUCCUAGAAUAUAGUUUUUUGGGGUUUUUUCUUUUCAGUAAGGCAUUUUUACUAUGUUUUAUACCAUUUGAAUGUUGUUGAUAAAACACAGAUGUUGACUGUUUCUGCAAAUAAAAUAAAUCAUCUGUUGCAAAAUGGGAAA